AUGCUGGUCCUUUUUGAGACCGCCGCCGGGUAUGCAGUAUUCAAACUCUCAGACGAAAAAGCUUUAAAAAAGGUUGACAACAUUUGGGACGAAUUUAACACUGCCGAAAAAGCUCAAGAAAAGUAAGUUUUCGUUGAACCUUUUAUUUUUUUUAAGUUGAUUCAUGGAAAACCGUAUAAAUUUUUCCAGGCUCCAAUUGGUUUCAUUCAAAAAGUUUAAAACUACUGCCGACGCUGUAGAAGCCACUUCAGCUCUUACUGAUGGCAAAAUCAACAAGACUUUAAAGAAGUUGUUGAAAAGCGCCGUGGAAGAAGGUGAAGAGCUUGCUGUCGGAGAUGCUAAACUUGGAAACAUUAUCAAGGUGAAUUUACUUUUUUUUUAACUUGCUUUUAAUAUUUUUUAGGAGAAACUUUCUCUUUCUUGUGUUCACAACUCGUCUAUCUCGGAGUUGAUGCGUGGAAUCCGCUCUCAUAUUGACGACCUUCUCGCGGAGCACAAAGAAGAAAUGAACGCAAUGAACCUGGCGGUGGCUCAUUCGCUGGCCAGGUACAGGGUCAAGUUCAAUCCUGAGAAGAUUGACACCAUGAUUGUACAGGUUUUGGUCGAGUUUGCAACAAGAAACGUUUUUUUCUUCCAGGCCGUCUCAUUGCUCGAUGAUCUCGAUAAAGAGCUUAAUAACUAUGUUAUGAGAUCUAGGGAGUGGUACGGGUGGCAUUUCCCCGAGCUUGGAAAAAUUGUCCAGGAUCACCAGGCUUACGCCAAGGUGAAGUGUUAAUAAUUGAAAAUGUAAAAGGAUCAAAAAGGCCUAUUUCACGAAAAAAAAAAGUUUUAACUAGUUUUGAUAACAUUACUGAUUGUAAAUUUGUGUUAUUAAAUCUUAGAGUUAUUUUUAAGAUUGUACAAAGCGUUGGAAUGCGACAAAAAAUAGCUGAAAGUGAUCUGUCUGCCAUUCUUCCUGAAGAAUUGGAAGCGAGAGUCAAAGAAGAAGCCGAAAUUUCUAUGGGCACGGACAUCUCCGAUAUUGAUCUCAUUCAUAUCCAAGGGCUGUGCGACCAAGUCAUUGAACUUUCGCAGUACAGGUAUAAAAUUUGAGUAAUCUGUGAUGCAGCGAAAAUUUUAGAGCUCAAUUGUUUGACUACCUCAAAAAUCGUAUGUCCGCACUGGCUCCGAAUUUGACUGUUCUUCUCGGAGAAUUGGUUGGCGCUCGGUUGAUUUCUCACGCUGGCUCUCUGGUUUCCCUCGCCAAGGCACCUGCUUCAACUAUUCAGAUCCUCGGAGCUGAGAAGGUUAGUUUCAAAGAUUACACCUUCGCCUUUUUCUAAUAUUUUCAACUUAUGAAGAAAACAUCUUGUUUUAUUUUCAAGGCUUUGUUCCGCGCCCUAAAAACCAAGAAGGACACGCCGAAGUAUGGAUUGAUUUACCACGCACAAUUGAUCACACAAGCCCCUCCAAAAUUGAAAGGAAAGGUAAAUUGAUUUUUUUUUUUUCAAUAAAUUUUUUCAUACAAGACUUUCAGAUGGCUCGAAAGCUGGCCGCCAAGUGUUCACUAGCUACCCGCAUCGAUGCUUUGACUGAUGAUUCCACGUCCAACGAGGUACAUCUUUCAUUUUCUGAGAACUUCAUGAUAAAUACAUUUUUCAGGUUGGAAUAGAAGCUCGUGCGGCGUUGGAAACUGUUCUGAGGACUGAACAGGAGCGUGGACCAAAGAAGUUGCGUACUCCGUCUCACAAGCACGAUAAAUAUGAGUUCAAAAGGUGUGUUCAGCUGUCAGACUGAGAUUUGUUUUUAAGCAAAUGAAAAGUCGAUAUUUUUCACUGCCUAUGAGAAAGGAAAAGAUCUUUGUUGAAACCCAAUGCUAAAAAAUGCAUAAUUUCAGUGAAACCUACGAAUAUGACGGUUCUGCGGAUGCGGUUCGUUCUAAAAGAAAGAAGUUCAAUGACGACGACGAGAACGGACAUUCCGCUAAGCGGCCAAAAGUCGAGGAAGUAAAGGACGAGCCUGAGAACGAGGCGGACCUGUCUAGCCUUAGUCUUGAAAAGAAAAAGAAGAAGAAGAAGGACAAGAAAGUGAAGGAAGAGGAAGAAGAAGAAGACGACGAAUAA